AUGCUCAAUCACAAAAUUCGAAGUGAAGCAAUACAUGAAAACUGGGCAUUAGAUAGAAUCCUAAUGGAGACCGCUAUCGAUGAGCAAACCACAGAGCAAGCUGAUGCUAUUAACAAGAAAAUCAACAAAGAGACCGUGCACAAAAGAAUAAAGAAACUGGCUUUAAGAAAACCUACACAACACCCAACUGAAGAUGACGCAUGUGGCCGCUGCAGGAAUUCAAAGAAACACACCACUUGCCCUGCUAUUGGUGUUUGUGUGAUAACUGUGGAAAGAAAAACCACUACAUGCGAGUUUGGUUUGGAAAAACUAAACACAAUAUAG